AUGCAUCCACCCCGGACGACCAAGCACCCCAACCACGCCCAGCGUCACAGCCCCAUACAGCCGCAGACAGGGCCGGCCGGGGAAUGCCGCCGAGAGGCGAGCAGCACGCAGCCGCCCAGGAACGGGGAGGAAACGUCCCGCAACCCAGCGCGCAGUAGACCCACCACCAAUCCGACACAUACGGCAGCCGGGCAGCACCGCCGGGGCCCCCACAAGGGAGGCAAGCAGCCCCCCCAACCCAGCACCAGGCGGCCCCGCACAGCCGCAGCGCAGGGCGACCCAGGGCAGAACCUGCCCCGCGCCCCAGGGGAAGGAGGAAGCCCGAGGAGACCCGAGGCCAGAGGGGCACGGGCCGACCCCCGCCCGACAGCGGCAAGCCCCCAGGCCCCUGGGCGCAACCCCCCGCCCAACCGCCCACGAGAGGGACGGACCCCCGCCCAACCCGAGGCCGCCGCCCGCAGCCCCACCCGCACCCCAGUACCCAUCCAGGCACCCCCAUCCACCCCCAGCCACCAGACCACCCAAGGACGAGCCCGCCAGGCCGGAACCAGGGGACACACCCCAGGCCCACACGACCCAGCGGCACAAGGCACCCCGGGCACCCCAGGCACCCGGGACCCCCCACCCACGGAGCCAGACCCCAUGGGAGUCAGAUCAGUUGCGGAGAGAUCACCCAACAGGCAGAGUGCGGGGGUGAUGGGUAUAGGAAUCUCUAACGCUAAUGAUAGGUUCUCGCACACUCCACGCCAAAAGUUAUUCACGGGAGCACAGGACCACAUUGAAUGUAAGUAG